AUGGCCUUCUCUCGGCAGCUUCCAAACACCAAUACUGCUGAAAUAUGCUUCCGUCAACACGAUUGGGAAAAGACCACGGGCACUACCAAUGACUGCUCCAUCAGCUACUUCUUCGAAGAGAACCCAACUAUCAGCAUGAGUACUUCUAUCGGUCGAGAACAAAAAGAAUCUCAUGUCGAUACGAUGCGAGAAAGAGCAAGUUAUAAUGCUAAAACUAGCUUGUUGGUCACUAAAUCCCAGGAACAAGGAAAGGAGAGAACGAAUAAGAAAUCAAGGAAGCGAAACAAUGAAGCCAAGCCUCCGACUGCAGAAGCAUUUGUCAGUGUGAGAGCAAGGAGAGGCCAAGCAACAGAUAGCCACAGUCUUGCAGAAAGAGUUAGAAGGGAAAGGAUUAGUGAGCGGAUGAAGUUGCUGCAAAGUCUCAUUCCUGGAUGUGACCAGGUCACUGGAAAAGCACUUGUCCUCGAUGCGAUUAUCAACUAUGUAAAAUCUCUGCAAAACCAAGUCGAGUUUCUCUCCAUGACGCUUGCUUCAGUGGACACCAUGUUUGGUCACUGUGGCAUGGACUUUGAUGACACCAUGAAUCAAAUAGAGUUCAAUGUUGAGGAAGAAUUAGCAAUGGAAAGUGAAGAGCACGGAGGCAAUAAUUACCUGAUGAUAGACCCUUUCUCGCAGAAGGGCCAAGGCCCCACAUCCUUGUCUCAGGUGGUGUGUACGUGCUUUCUUUUUGAAGUCUCGCCCUUCAUUGAAUAUGAUUUGGAUGGCAGCAUACCUUGGGUGCGAAGUUUGAUAUUGGAGCAAGAGCAAAGAAUUGUCAAUCACAUAGACCUCACCAACAUGAACUGUUACUUUCAGUACUAG